AUGGUAUUCGAGAAGUUCUUUCUCUGGCUGGUGUUUUUCUUGGAAGCGAUUCAAUCGCAAGCAUCCUAUCGCGAAGGAGAACUAUAUGCAAAACUGCUUGAGGAGUACGAACCGCUCGAAAGACCGGUAGCAAAUAGUUCCGAACCGGUGGAUGUAAAAAUGGGUCUCGUAUUGCAACAAAUUAUAUCUGUAGUAAGUUUUCACGAACAUUCGACCAGAGAGUCAUCUUCUUAA